UCUCCAGUCUGCUGUUGAGCUGUUGACGGUUCGUGAGUGUUGAUUUUCGGUAAUUAUUGUGGCAAAUUGAGUAAUCGUGUUUAAAAAUAUUACUAAAAGUGUUUACAUUCACGUUUUACGUAAAUCAGGGUAACACAAUUCAAUACAUAUAUGUUACAGCUUUGUUCUAAUUUUGGUGCUCUGGCUGAUAAUUACCAAAUGUUACAUGAGUGAAUGUGUAGACUAUUUAACAAAUGCUUUCCAAAGAAACGUGAUGUUUUAUUUUACUUUAUGGCAUUGAAUAGUUUGUGCUCCAAUGCUUCCAAUCGAUUUUACUAGUGAACACGAGUGCAGGUUUUUCUUGAAAACCAUCGCUGUUCCGUCGUCUUCUGCUAGGUGGGUGGGGUCUGCAGAGUCGCGGAACCAUAUUGUGAAGAAACUGAUCCCCGAACGCCUGCAAUCGUGGCGGUGACUAGCUCAUCAGUAUCACCUGGGCAGUGCUGCAGUACAGAGGUGAUCCUCAGUGUCGUGUUCGUGCUACUCAGCAGUGGCGAAACAAAGCCAAGUGUUCUCCUACAAAGAGAGUGGUAAAUUUUGGUCAACGAAGUUUUGGUGGAUCAUUUGGUGUGCACUAUAUGUAAAAGUGUUUCCUGGGUUGUUAGUGAGAAAACGAAGUAAAAAAAUCUGCAGUGCAUAAAAGAUGAGGGUUGGUCGAUUGUUUAGAGCACAUGGUGAAUUUUGUGCGUCUCACCCGUGGGAAGUGAUAGUGGCAUUGGUAACUUUAACAGCAUGCAUAAUAACAUUCGACAAAGGAAGCAUGGACCCGUUCCAUCAAACUACACGCACCAACACCGGUAGACCUUGUCCCAGUUGGCGUUUCAGUUCGGUUGGCAUUAAUGAUGGUUUCCGGUGCGAAGACUUGGAGCAGAAUGGAAUCGAUGUGAUAUUGAUGACUAUCGUAAGGUGCUCGGCGAUCCUCUAUUGUUACUACCAUUUUUGUAACCUUCAAAAAUUGGGUUCCAAGUACAUUUUAGGUAUCGCCGGACUUUUUACGGUGUUCUCUAGCUUCAUUUUCACCUCGACAGUGAUCAACUUCCUUGGCAGUGAAGUUUCCGAUCUUAAGGAUGCCUUAUUUUUCUUCCUACUUCUAAUCGAUUUAUCGAAAGCCGGUAUUUUGGCACAGUUGGCAUUAUGCGGAUCAAGUCAGUCAGAAGUUACAACAAACAUUGCGAGAGGUAUGGAAAUUCUUGGACCUGCUAUAUCUCUAGAUACGCUAGUCGAAACAUUAGUCAUCGGAGUUGGCACACUGUCUGGUGUUCAACGUCUUGAACUACUGAGUGGUUUUGCUGUUUUAUCCGCUAUAGUGAAUUAUAUCGUCUUCAUGACAUUCUAUCCUGCAUGUUUAUCACUUAUACUGGAUCUUUCACGAAAUGCAGGAAAUCUCAUUCAGAAAAAUAAGAAAGAAAAUCUUUUGGCUCGUGUGCUAACUGAAGAAGACCAGAAACCGAAUCCAGUUGUACAGAGAGUUAAACUAAUUAUGUCUAGCGGACUUAUGAUUGUACAUGUACUUAGCAGAUUAACGAUUUCCGAAAAAGAUGCCGACACAGCUGAACAGAUCAUUGCUUCUCAUAGUCGGGAACACUUAGCGGCACUAAACAAGACUGAACCAAACGACAUUUCUGAAUUUAUUAUGAGGUGGCUCUCGAUCAGUACUGAGCAGAUCGUGAUGUACAUCCUGAUCUUUGCAUUGGGCAUUAAGUUUGUUUUCUUCGACCGUCACAAUCUGUCUGAUCAGAUUUUGCUAUCGGUAGCGAACGAAGCCGCCGCCGCCGCUGCUGCAGCAGCGCAACGCCAGAAGCAACUUUCCGUUGUACAACAAUUGGAACCAACUGUUAUUUCCAAAUACGAGGAAUACACUCCCGCAGUUACUUUCACUCUAGCAGAAGUUAUCCCUGUAGUUGAAAAGGCCACUCAGAGCGAGCUCAGCUUAAUGCCAAACCGGCGAUUGAGAGUCAAAAGUAUGGGGGCAGAUGAUGAACUUGAAUUCGACGAUCUAGAGGAUGAAUUGGUAGAACGAGAACCCAGGCCGUUGGAGACCUGUUUAAGCAUUUUGAACGAUAUUGAAGAAGGGGCAGUUACCUUGACUGAUGAAGAAAUAAAAUUAAUUGUAAAAGCUGGCAAUGGAUAUUGCCCAUUGUAUAAGAUUGAGAGUAUCAUCAAUGAUGCUGAACGGGGCAUUAAAAUUCGAAGAGAUUUGAUUCAGAAAGAGGCCGGUCUCCCAGCAAAUGCGUUUAAACAUUUGUCUUAUAAAAACUAUGACUACUCUAAAGUCAUGAACGUAUGCUGUGAGAACGUGCUUGGUUAUGUGCAAAUUCCUGUGGGUUAUGCAGGACCAUUGAUUUUGGAUGGAGUUCGUUAUUAUGUUCCAAUGGCAACAACAGAGGGUGCAUUAGUUGCAAGCACUAAUCGGGGUUGUAAAGCCAUUUCAUGUCGAGGUGUAACUAGCUUUGUCGAGGAUAUUGGUAUGACACGUGCUCCAUGUAUCAAAUUCCCCAAUGUUCUGAGAGCCGCUCAGGCUAAACGAUGGAUAGAGACAGCAGAGAACUUUGCUAUCAUUAAGAAGGCUUUCGAUUCUACCAGUAGGUUCGCUCGUUUACAGGAGUGCCACAUAGCUAUGGAUGGUCCAGUGUUAUAUACCCGAUUUCGUGCUUUAACGGGUGAUGCAAUGGGAAUGAAUAUGGUUUCCAAAGGGUCGGAAAUGGCUCUUCGUGAGGUUCAAAGAUAUUUUCCAGAUAUGCAGAUUAUUUCAUUAAGUGGAAACUUUUGCUCAGAUAAGAAACCAGCAGCUAUAAAUUGGAUCAAAGGCCGUGGAAAACGGGUUAUUUGUGAGGCAAUUAUUCCAGCUGACAAAUUGCGUAAUAUUUUAAAAACAAAUGCUCGCACUCUUGUACAGUGUAAUAAAUUAAAGAAUAUGACCGGAUCAGCAGCAGCCGGAAGUAUCGGUGGAAACAAUGCACAUGCAGCAAACAUGGUAACUGCUAUUUAUAUAGCCACUGGUCAAGAUCCGGCUCAAAAUGUAACGAGUAGUAAUUGCUCUACGAACAUGGAAUUGUAUGGAGAAAGUGGCGAGGAUUUAUACAUGACUUGUACUAUGCCGUCACUGGAAGUUGGCACUGUUGGAGGUGGUACAGGAUUACCUGGACAAAGUGCUUGUCUUGAUAUGCUUGGUGUAAGAGGAGCGCAUCCAACGCAUCCAGCUGAAAAUUCAAAACAACUAGCUCGUGUAAUUUGCGCUACCGUUAUGGCCGGAGAGCUCAGUUUGAUGGCUGCCUUAGUCAAUAGCGAUCUAGUCAAGAGCCAUAUGCGUCAUAACAGAUCCUCGGUAGUGAUAAACCCUGGUGUGACGGGAUCCAUCCCAAAUAACUUUAGCCAAUCGGCCGCGGCGAGCUCACCAAACCACUGAUGUUUACUUUUUAUGCAAUCUACCUCAGCGAUGCGCGGAAGAAAAAGAUAGAAAUGCCAACAAAGUCUAGAAUCUUAAAAUCAUGUAGAUUUGUUGUUUGCAAACCAAGUGAUUUUGUAACAAUACUGUACCAAUAACAUUGAGAGUAUAAAAAUGUCGAUGAUUGAUUGUGUAAACAAAAUAGUGUCUUCUGGCGAAAGGAAGGUAGAAGCGUGUAAUGCAUAAUGCAAUGCAAACGUUCUCGAAAUACUAAGAUUCUUUCAUAAAAUGAGGCAAACGUUUAGAACAGAAGCAGCUAGGAGCAUACACUUACCAUUCACUCUAAUGUAUAUAAUUACGAAAUUGAAACAUCACUUCAUUUCAAAUAGCUGAUCUUUUAUGACAAAUCAAAAUUCUUUUGCGCAAAAUUAGCAGUAAAUUUUUGUUGAAUAUGAUGCAUGCAAUGUUUAUUUCAAAAAAGGAAUUGCCGAGAGCGAUAAAAUGUGCGAACCUAUACACAUACGAGACAAGUAUGCUUUGCUGAGCAUUUUAUGAUUUUAAAAUAAAUUAUUUAUAAUUUUACUUGAAUGAAUAUAU